AUGGAUUAUGAGUCUGUGGCACUCUAUCAAGCUAGACAGAAGUUACAGAGUAUCACCAAAGCAAACAAACGGCCCGUAAAUAGUGAGGAACUUAUUAAAUAUGCUCACCGUAUUUCUUCAACUUACUCUGUUACUGCACCAACUAACUGGCAACAGGGUGAUCAAAGAAGACCGUACCCAACAGAUUUGGAUAUGAGAGCUGGGUUUUUAGGUCAGAAUGGUCAGUUGUUGCAUACACAGACACACUUAGCUGACUCUUUGACAAGAGGACACCACGCAGAACCGACAUCAUCAGGAAUAGGUGGAACUUUCAGCUGGCAGAUGACAGGAGAUUUGCAGGUCCAUGUAGGUAGUCAUACUACGGUGGUGGAAAAGAAAGAACAAGAAGAUGUUGAAGUCAUGAGCACAGAUUCUUCGUCUUCUUCCUCUUCGGAUUCUCAGUGACAUUACAGAUCAAAAUACUUAGUGACUUCCUCCAGGCACUGAUCUCAUGAUGUUGAGAGUAAAAAUUCCAGAAGCAGUAGUGUUAUCCUUAAUAGUAUUUGUACUGUAGAAUUAGAUUAGAAGUAGAAGGAAAGGCAGUAUGAAAUAUGUUAUAUGGCAUGUUUUGUAUUAUGUACUUGUUUGUAAGUAGUCAAUGAGUGUAAAGAUGUCAACUAUGUAGGGUGUAGAUCUGCCGUGUUUUGUAAUGUUUAACACAGAGUAUUACAAAUACCUCAUUUUGAUUAAUGUAUGUAAUAUGUAAUGUAUUUUGCAAAAACUGCAACUUUUAUUUGAUCCUUUGUAGAAAUGCAAGUUAUUUUCCCAUUAAGGGUUGAAUUACUUCUCAGGGCUUUAUAUCAUGUCCGUUUAAAAAUCUCAUAACUUUUUGCCAACAAAUCGUGGAAAGGUGUACUUUUAUGACUGGAAAUCCCAGAAAAGAGGAAAUUAAUUACAUCUGUGCUUUUCAUGAGGAUUCUGAUUAAAUUGGUCAACACUUCUGUCAAUAUUUUUUACGUAGCUAAUUUCUAGGUGCAUUUUGUAUUAGCAAACUGUUAAAUAUGUUAUUUAAUUUUAACUUUCACCCAGUAAUAAUAGUUCUUAAUAUGGCAUGAGAAUAAGGCAGCUUUUGGGGGGACAACAGUUGUUACAUUCUUAACAGCUGUUUUGUUGCUUUGGUCAACUUGCCUACAAAGUUUUGAAAUUUUUUCAUUAUCUCUCAGACUGUAUUUGAGUUUUGUUUACAUAGACUUUCUGUUCAUUGUUAUGAUCUUUGUCUUGAUUUUUUUUUCUAAGUACCUGAUACAGUACCAUCUUACUCAUGGUUUUCAGCAUAAAUUUACAUCGUGCAGUUUUAUUUUUAAUGGUUUUUAUUGAUGUAAUAUCUAGUGAUAUAGUGGGCUUUAUCAUUGCAUAUUCCAUGUUUUGAUGCAGGAAUUCUCCUUUCUCUACCAAAUUGGCUUCCAUUACAAUAUUAUUAGAGGAGAGGACAUGUGGCAAGUUUGUCUGGCCACUGAUGUUGACUCAAAUAUCCCUGCAGUGUUGUAAGACAGGUAUGGAAUGUGAGACUGAAUGGGAGAGAGAGUGUGUGAUCUGGUAUUAUAAAGAGGUUUCAUGUUCAGAUGGUUGGUAUGAGAAAGAAGUCACUAACAUAAAGCACAAUUACUCUACAGCUUCUGAAUUCUACAAAUCAGAUGCAUGCCAUGUUGGAUUUCUCUGAUAUAUCAUGUUGGCAAGAAGCGUUCCAGCUCUGUUGAUGUUCUUAUCACUUUUGAAAAUUGCAAGCUACUGCAGAAGUUUGUUAUCACAGUUUAUUCAUUCUUAGCUCAAGGUGCAGAAAUUUUUUUUUAUCAGAUUGCUAAGAAAUAGUAAGGUAAGCAU